CCUGAGAUCCUGCGUUGCCCUGGUGGGAUGUGCCUGCUGCCAGGGGUGUUGAAGGAGGGAGGCCGGCAGUUGGGAGAGGAGGGCUUGACUCAGCCAGCCCAGCAGAGCCACUCCUCCUGGCUGCUCCUGUUUGAAGGAUUGUGCACCAAGAGCUGGAGCGGAGAGACCGAUGUGAGCACUCCGGGCGUCCGUCUGGGGUAAAACUUCUGGCUUGCCCUUCCUUUUUUUUCCCUUCUCCCCUCCGUUUUUCCUUCCAAAGCAACGAGGCUUGUUUUUCUCUCCUCUGAAUGGCUCCAGUUCCGUGCUGCCUGGGCUUUUUGCUCUUUCUGGCUUGCUGCUGCUUCUCUGAAGCACAGCUCCUGAACUGGUUUUGGGGUGGCUCAAAAGUCACAGGAACUUCUGUAGCCCCUGAAGGGAGAACCACUGCAUCUGAGCUGGCGACGGAGCCGCUCUCCUCUUCAGCAGCUCCCCAGCCAAGUGCGUCCCCAUGGAUGGCAGCACAGGACGACGAGGGGUCGGGGGAUGUCACCAGCCUGCAGGACUGGGAGCCAGAUCCCAGCACAGCAGCGUUCACGGGCAACAAGAGCAUUGCCAGCACAGAGGUCCCACAGGCAGCUGAAGGCACCCACAGUGGGUUUGAGCAAGGUGAUGAGAAUGUCACGGGGAUGCCGGAGAGCACGGCGCAACUGCCGACAAGCAUCGCUUCAAUGGCCACUUCUCCCAGCGGCACGGCACCCAACAGCAGCCAGGAUGUGAUCAGCAGCACCACUGAAGGCCCCCACCUCCUGACACCAGCAGGACCCAAGCUGGUGCUCCCUGAGCCAACAGAGCUGCUUGGCGAACGCAAGGGGACUUGGGUGUCCUUGCAGAGGCCAAUGGCACCCCGUCCAGAGAAUUUGAGCACUGAAGUCAGCCUCCUAGAGCUGAUCGGAGACCCCCCACCAGAAGAGAUACUCAAAAUUUAUGGCCCCGACAACAACCCAGGCUAUGUCUUUGGACCCAAUGCCAACACCGGCCAGGUGGCCCGGUACCACCUGCCCAGCCCCUUUUACCGGGACUUUUCUCUCCUGUUCCACAUCCAGCCCACCACCCCCCGGGCUGGUGUGCUCUUUGCCAUCACAGACUCCUCACAGAGCAUCAUCUACGUGGGCGUCAAGCUCUCAGACCUCCGGGCGGGUAAGCAGCAGAUCAUCUUCUACUAUACAGAGCCAGACUCCCAGAGCUCCUAUGCAGCAGCCACCUUCACUGUGCCCACCCUGCUGAACCAGUGGACACGCUUUGCUAUCAGUGUGGAAGAGGAUGAAGUUGUCCUCUACCUGGACUGUGAGGAGCACGAGCGGGUCCGCUUCGAGCGCUCCCCAGACGAGAUGGAGCUGGAAGAUGGUUCUGGGCUCUUCGUUGCUCAGGCUGGAGGAGCUGACCCAGAUAAAUACCAGGGGGUGAUUGCUGACUUGAAGCUGAAAGGGGAUCCCCGGGCAGCCGAGCAUCAGUGUGAAGAAGAGGAGGACGAUGCUGAAGAGAUAUCUGGUGAUUUCGGCAGUGGAGCAGAGGACAGACACCACCCCUUGGGAAAAGACAGGGGCGUCCCAGGGCUGCUGGAUGCCGUCCCUGUCACGUCUCCCCCCGUGGCCGCGGGUGGCGUUUCGAGGAUCAGUGUGGGCUCCCUGCCGCAGGCAGAACGCACUGGAGCAGAGGAGCGGCUGCCGGCGUCCGCGGGAGGCGCUGGCCCCAAGGGAGAGAAGGGCGAGAAGGGCGCACAGGGCCCCAAAGGGGACGUGGGGACAGGCGGCGUCUCGGGGACGGGAGGCGCCAAAGGUGCAAAGGGGGAAAAAGGCGAUGUGGGCAUCAAGGGCAGCGCCGGAUUUGGCUACCCCGGCUCCAAGGGCCAGAAAGGUGAACCAGGCGAGCCCGGCCCCCCCGGGACCCUGGCGCAGCACCCUGACGGCUCUGCCACGGCGCGGGUCGCCGGCCCACCAGGGCCACCUGGCAAGGAUGGAGCCCCCGGCAGAGACGGCGAGCCCGGCGAUCCCGGCGAAGACGGCAAACCCGGUGAAGCAGGGCCCCAGGGGUUCCCUGGGACACCGGGGGAGCCCGGCCUGAAGGGCGAGAAGGGCGAUCCCGGUGUGGGCCCCAGGGGCCCCCCUGGACCGCCGGGCCCCCCUGGACCGCCAGGCCCCUCCUUCAAGCACGACAAGUUGACGUUCAUCGACAUGGAGGGCUCUGGCUUCGGCGGGGACCUGGAGGGCCUGCGGGGCCCGCGCGGGCCACCCGGGCCCCCAGGGCCUCCCGGUGUGCCCGGCUUGCCGGGGGAGCCGGGCCGAUUCGGCAUGAACCAUACAGACCUGCCAGGACCGCCGGGGCUGCCAGGCCGAGAUGGGAGCCCUGGGCCCCCGGGGCCAGUGGGUCCUCCGGGUCCUCCUGGGAAAGAUGGGAUGGCCGGGCAGCCAGGGCCCAAAGGAGAGCAGGGUGACAUAGGAGACCUCGGCCUCCCCGGAGCACCUGGACCCAAGGGCAGCAAAGGAGAAACAGGGCCAGCAGGAGCUCCAGGAGAAAUGGGGUUAGCUGGCCUUCCUGGGCCCAUCGGACCCCGAGGGCAGCCUGGUCCCCCAGGCCCUCCUGGACCACCAGGGCUGGGGUAUGAAGCUGGAUUUGGUGACAUGGAGGGCUCGGGGCUGCCAUUUGCAGCUGGCUCCCCUGGACCACGCGGGCCUGAAGGACCACAGGGGCUGCCAGGACUGCCAGGAAUCAAGGGGGAUGCUGGCAGCCCUGGGCAGCCUGGCUUGCCAGGACUUAAGGGGGACCCUGGCAUACCUGGUGUGGAUGGCCGCCCCGGCUUGGAGGGCUUCCCUGGGCCACAGGGACCCAAAGGUGACAGAGGCAGCCCUGGCGAGAAGGGUGAGCGAGGCCAAGAUGGUGUUGGGUUGCCUGGCCCCCCUGGUUUACCUGGCCCACCAGGACAGGUCAUCUACCUCUCAAAUGAAGAUAAGUCUUUGCCAGCUUUGCCAGGCCCAGAGGGCAGACCAGGCCAUGCCGGCUUCCCAGGCCCUGUGGGACCGAAAGGAGACCAGGGAUCACCUGGCUUCCCAGGCUCUCCAGGGCUGAAGGGUGAAAAAGGAGAGCCUGGUGUCAUCAUUAGCCCAGAUGGGACCAUCGUAGCUGCUAAUGUGAAAGGAGAAAAGGGGGAGCCAGGGCCACGAGGACCGAUGGGCCCAUCUGGCCCCCAUGGACGGUCUGGACCGAAGGGAGAAAUCGGCUUUCCAGGCAGACCUGGGCGUCCAGGCAUGAAUGGACUGAAGGGUGAGAAGGGCGACCCCGCUGAUGUCAGCAGCAUGCCGGGCCUGCGGGGUCCCCCAGGUCCCCCAGGUCCUCCAGGGCCUCCUGGGCUGCCUGGCAGUGCAGUCUACAACAGCAACAAUGCCUUCGGUGACACCAACCAUCCUGCACUGCCGGCCUUCCCUGAUUUCCACCAGUUUGCAGGACAAAAGGGAGAAAAAGGAGAUGUUGGUGCUCCGGGUCCACCAGGCCAGUUCCCGUAUGACCUGAGCAGAUUCAGUGCCAACUUGCGGGGUGAAAAAGGGGAGGCAGGCCUCAAGGGCGAGAAGGGCGAACCAGGCGGGACAGCGCUGUAUGGUUCCAGUGUCUCCGCACUGCCAGGCCCACCAGGUCCCCAGGGUUACCCUGGCCUGCCGGGCCCCAAGGGGGACAGUAUUAUUGGGCCACCAGGGCCUCCAGGACCUCAGGGACCCCCUGGCAUUGGAUAUGAGGGGCGGCAGGGCCCUCCUGGCCCUCCUGGCCCCCCUGGUCCUCCCUCCUUCCCUGGCCCACACAGACAAACUAUCAACAUCCCUGGCCCUCCUGGCCCACCAGGACCCCCUGGACCACCAGGUACCGGCGGGACAUCUCCUGGGCUACGCGUCCUGCCAACAUACCAGGCCAUGCUGAGCACUGCUCAUGAGCUGCCUGAGGGCUGGCUUGUCUUCCUUGCUGACCGACAAGAGCUCUACAUACGCGUGCGCAAUGGUUUCCGCAGGGUGCUGCUUGAGGAGCAUACCCUGAUCUCCAGUUCCACGCUGGACAAUGAGGUGUAUGACAAGCCACCCAGUGUCCACUACUCCCAUGGCGGUGCUGUCCCUUCGGGAUCCCAGCACCCCUUCCAGCCCCGUGGACCUCUGCACCCUCUCCGCAACCACAACCCCCCGCCCACUGCCCGGCCCUGGCGAGGGGAUGACAUCGUAGCCAACCAGCACCGCCUUCCUGAGCAGCCCCUGCUCCAUCACGGUGCCCAGCAUCAGCAAGAGCUCCUGAACAGUUACUACAUCAACCGCCGGCCAGAUCCAGCUCCCGUAGCUGCCCACGUGCACCAGGACUUCCAGCCAGCCCUCCACCUUGUGGCCUUGAAUGCCCCACUGAGCGGCAGCAUGCGUGGCAUCCGAGGAGCCGACUUCCAGUGCUUCCAGCAAGCCCGCGAGGUUGGCCUCCUGGGCACUUUCCGGGCCUUCCUCUCCUCCCGCCUGCAGGACCUGUACAGCAUCGUGCGCAGGGCCGACCGCAGCACUGUGCCCAUCGUUAACCUCCGGGAUGAGGUGCUCUUCAGUAACUGGGAGUCCCUCUUUGCGGGCAGUGAGGCCCCGAUCCGGGCCGGUGCACGCAUCCUCUCCUUUGAUGGCCGGGAUGUGCUGCGGGACUCGGCAUGGCCCCAGAAGAGCGUGUGGCAUGGCUCAGACGCCAAGGGUCGACGCCUCACUGAGAGCUACUGUGAGACGUGGCGGACAGAGGAGCGGGCUGUGGUGGGCCAGGCCUCUUCACUGAGCUCGGGCAAGCUCCUGGAGCAGGUGGCCAGCAGCUGCCAGCACGCCUUCAUCGUCCUGUGCAUCGAGAACAGCUUCAUGACUGCCUCCAAAAAAUAACCCCUCUCUCGGGACGCUGCACACCUUCCUAGGGAGGGCCAGGCCGGGCCAGCCAGCUUCCCUGGCUAUGCUCCUGCCUUCACCCUGCAGGGUGGGUGUUUUUUUUUUCUUCCCUACUCCAGACCUAAAGCCAAAGAGUAUCGCUGUGGGGUUUUUGUGCUGGCCCACUGGGGAGUGUGUGUGUGUUGGGGGGGGGGGCUUGUGAUGUCCCUCGCCCGGGCUGCAUGGGGUGAGCUGGCCCGGAGGCAGGGGAGCUGCAGGCUGGCAGGUUGUCCCCUGCCACUUCUUCCUCAGCCUCCUCCUCCUCCUUUUGGACACAGCAGUUUCACUUGUAACCCCUAAUAUUUAACCAGUUUAGCUGUAUAUGUGCAUCAACCACUGCUUCCUCGGCCUCCUCCCUGCUAGGAUGCUCUUUGCAGGGAGGCUUGGUGGGGACUAGCACAGAGGGAUGCUCCACAGGAUUUCAGAGAUGCUGUGAUGUGUCCUCCUGGAAAGCAGAGGUCUGUGCCCCCCCCCCAGCCCCCUAACCCUGCCCUGUCCUUGCCAGGAGCCCAGGUCCUGACCCAAAUCUGUGCUGCUGGGGCCUUGGUUUACUUCUGGGUCACCCAAGGGAGGACAGUGCUUGCCCCAGGUGUCCUUGGUGUUAGCUGGAGAGCAGCUGGCCCUGUGUGCAGCAUUCCCAUCCCAUGCAAGAGAGCAUACCUCUGCAGGGACCAGGCUCCCAGGCGCUUGCCCCCUCCUCUCUGCACCCAACCACCUCCAACCAGGUAAGGUCCAUCCCAGUUGGUGCCGCUCCCCAUGGCUCUUCGGCCUCAUCGCCACCUCCCAUCCCACUGCCUGCCCUUCUCACCAGGUAUGGUGCUGCCUUUGCAGGGAUUGCCCUGGCGGUCCCAUCUGCCCCGAAAUCCCCACCUCCAGGUCACCUUCCCUCGCUGCCCCAGCAUGGGCUUAUCCCAGCCUCUCCACCUGUCCUUGAGAUGACCCCCCCCCCAGCCCCAUCCAGGUGCCCUUCCCUGGGCUCCUUUGGAGGCUGGGGAGGAGGGAUUGCUUCCCAAAAUGCAACAUUUCCUGCUGUGAGAUCAGCUCAAAGGCUGGGGGAGGGAGGGGGGGCAGGCAAGGAGAUGGGAGAUGGGGCAUUUCCCAGGGCUGCCACUAGGGAGGGCAGAUCUCCCACCUGGGACAGCCAAGGGUGGGAGUGGGGCCACCCAGCCUGCCGUUGGCAUGUGUUUACACAUGUGUGCAGGUGGACCGCAUGGUACCUAGGCCAGAAACCAUAAGCACCCUCCAUGCCACCUUUGUUGCGCUCUUAAGGCCAAAGCGAAGCAAAGGUGGUUUGAAUUGGUGUGGACAAAUCCAAGGUGCUACAAAAAAGAAAAAAAAAGAAAAAAAAAGAUAAGUCUGUAACUAGCUUUUUAUUAUUGUAUAGAAAUUCUUACCAUAAAAGCUGUGCGAGUCACAUGGUCUCUAUUUCUUACCAUCUACUGUAUUUUGUGUAAUUAAUGCGAUUUAAAGCCUGUGGAGCUUUAUAUUUUUUGUUGGUUGUGUCCUAUAAACCAUUUUCUAAAGGCACUGAAUAAAGAAAUGUUAUCCUCUUGUAA